AUGUCAUCAUCAAGAGCUCUCCGCCUCCAAUCGGCCCUCCGAAACCCCAUCCUCCGCACCUCCGCACAAGUCGCAACCCGCCGGGGCUACGCCGUCAAGGAGCCCCCAGCACCAAACCCCAUAAACCCGUCCGGUUCAGCAUCAAGUGCACUCUACCUCGUCCUCGGCGCCGCCGCAGCCCUGGGCGGCACCUUCGCCUUUCUGACCGGCGCCCCAGACCGCGCAGCAGGCGUCGCGGACUCCGUCACCCGCGGCGGCGGACCGUCCAUCACGCCCGGCCUGGGUCCCAAACCCUCGAGCGAGCGGAAUCUGGAGAACACGACGGGACGGGAUGCGAACCGGCAGACGGGGUUGGCGGGGAUAAAGAGCAAGCAGACGGAUCCGAACCAGCUGCAGGCGAGCAAUUGA